AUGAAAACAACAACAUACAGUCGCUGAACAGUUCCCCAAUCGACGGAAGGCUCUUCGAUCUAUGCAGCGCGUGGCCGUCUUGUCCCACGUGAAGGCGAGCUCGGUGCCGCCGAGUCUGAGCAGCAGCGGUGUGCGGCGCAUCGCGUGGAAGGGUGGCAAGAUCUCGUCCAAUAAGGAGGAGGCGCUGCAAAAGUUCUACCAGCGCAAACUGCGGGCUGGCGACCACCUCACGGCGCAGCAGAUUAAGGCCAUGCAGCCAACGCUGGACGUCAAGCUGGACCUUGACGCGGCGCACAAGAACCCCAAGAAGCUGCACGCGACCCACCGACCACAUGCCAAAGUGACGGCGAGUGGGAACCGCACAGUGCUCAAGACAGGCCGCGUACUUGGACCCAAGCUCGACUCGAAGCAGAAGGUAAAGAAGGCAGCCAACAGCAACACCAAGCAGCAGGCUGCUCGCCAGCCCAAGACGGUCGUCAAGAUGCCGCCAAAGCGGACGGGGAGCCCUUCCAUCUCGCUGGAAGACAAGCUGGACCUCCCACUGGAUGCUCUAGUAGGUGGCAAGAGCAAACGCAGCAAUAUCAUGAAGCGGAGGUGAAUGGAAUGUGCAGGAUAAAGAGGCACGAGCAGAGGAAGAGCAGGGUUGGAGAACUCGAGGAAGAGAGAAGACCGCUGUCCUGCGGCCGUGCGUGUGAAGGAAUAAAUACUACACUUGCAUAUCGAGAGGGCAGACUAGAGUGUGCUUCCAUCCUCCGCCACUGAAGCCCCGUCUGGUCGGGAUAAGAACGACGCGGUCGUUGGAGAACGAAACGCGAUCUUCAGAGCUUGUAGCAACGUCGAUACUUCGAUCACAGUUAGCGUAUUGGCGAACUUCUUACGCAAAGCGCGGCGUGUGGCCUGGUCGUGCUCCUUAGGGAUCACACACACCUCCAGUCCAAUUUUCUGCGCUGCCGUGAGACGCGACUCGAGCAUUUUAACUGGUCGCACGUGGCCUGACAACGACACUUCUCCUAGAAAGGCGGCACGUUCCAGUACAGGACGACCGAGAACAGAGCUGGCUAAAGCCACAGCUAGCGCCAGAUCUGCUGCAGGCUCUUGAAUUGUGUAGCCCUCCGCGAUAUUCACAAACACACUUUGGUUGCGACAAGAAACCCUCGCUCUCUUCUCCAGAACCGCGAACAACAGCAACAGUUUGUCGAAUGCUACACCCACACCGCGUACACGAGAGAAGGACUGACCGCCACCCCGUCCAGCGUCCACGUUGUACUGUGUUCGGUUCGCCAGGGCCUGGAUUUCGAGGGGAAUGGGACGCUUGCCUUCCAUCGCAAUGGUAACAGAGCAUCCGUCAAGAGGCUCAACCUCGGUCUCUUCACCAUUAUCAGGAUAAUCGUCAUCGUCCUCAUCAUGAGAUGACACAAAUGCCAUGAGGGGAUUCGGUAGUGGCUGGAGACCUUCGUCCAUCAUGUUGAAGACUCCGACCUCACUGGUAUUGCCGAAUCGGUUCUUCUGACACCGAAGAAACCGCCGUGCGCUUUGUGGAUCGCCUUCUAGCUGCACCACGGUGUCUACGAUAUGCUCCAGCACCUUGGGACCAGCGAUAUCUCCACUUUUGGUCACGUGGCCGAUCAGGAUCACUGGCACGUUGCGUGACUUGGCUAGUCGAAGUAAUCGAAGAGUGCACUCUUUCACUUGGUUCACUGUACCUGCAGGUGAGGGGAUGUCUUCUGCGUAGACAGUCUGAAUGGAGUCGACCACUACAGCCCCAAAUCCUUGAUAUUCAUCGUCACCCAGUUCACGUCCAUUUCCGCCUUCCAGUAACCGGAACACCGAGUUCAGAUUGGUCUCACUGGCCACGAACAGACUGUCACUCACAGAUCCGAGGCGUUCUGCACGCAUCCGCACUUGUAGCACACUCUCUUCACCGGAGACGUACAGCACUCCACGCUCACGCAUCGCCGACCCAUUGGCCAACAUGUUUGCCAUUUGUAGGGCAAGCUGUGUACAGAUAAAACACCAACACACCAUAGUUUCUAAUCAGCACGUAGCUUAGCAUCCAAUCCAUUUAAUGCAGUGUUCGUACCGUACUUUUGCCGA